CUGAGCUGAAGGAGCUUCCGAAGAGCCUGGAGGAGGAGAACCGGAGUCCGGCCCGGGACCGGGACACGACCGUCCACAAGGCCGCCAUGUUGUCUCACAGCAGCGCGAGCAGGAAGGACACCCCCGUUCCACUUCCGGUGACGCUGUGGAGACGCGACGUGGUGACGCGACGUGGUGACGUCGUCCUCGAGCGAAUAAGUAAACGAAGUGGUGAAGUGGUGGUGCGCGUGCGCAGUGCCAUUCUCGUACCCUGAGGAAACAAGAUGGAGGUGUUCGUGACCGCUCCGAGGCUCCGCCGCGAGCCUCAAGUGUUCCCCGACGGCUCCGCGGUCCGAGACGUUCUGACCCGGUUCGUCCAGCUGCAGGGUGUCUGCUCUGAGGAUUUCUACGUCAUCAGGAACGGUCGGGUGGAGGACGUGGAGGAUCCUGUGCAACAUGGCGCCGUCUAUAACCUGCAGCCGCGCCUGUGUGGAGGGAAGGGAGGGUUCGGCUCCAUGCUGCGAGCUCUCGGCGCUCAGAUCGAGAAGACGACGAACCGAGAAGCCUGCAGAGAUCUGAGUGGACGACGCCUGAGAGACGUAAACCACGAGAAAGAGAUGGCGGAUUGGCUGAAGAAGCAGGCGGAGCGCGAGGCGGAGAAGGAGCAGCGUCGUCUGGAGCGUCUAAAGAGGAAACUAUCUGAACCCAAACACCAGUUUACAGAUCCCGAAUAUCAGCAGCAGUGUCACGACCUGUUCGAGAGGCUGGAGGACUCGGUGCUGAAAGGUCUGCAGGCGUCCUCCAGUCGCCAGGUGACGCCGGACGACGUCUCGGCUGCAAAGAGACCGAACUGUGAUCAGAGCGAGACGCUGCCGCAGAAGAAGAAGAAGAAGAAGACGACAACGCCGGCAGCAGCAGCUUGUUACUGGACGGGGGUGGACGAGCUGCUGAGCUCAGAGGACGAUGAUGAGGAGUCUUCCUCCAGCUGUGGAGCUGUUACCAUGACGACACACAGGAAGCAGACAGAGCCUGAACAGAGCAGCAGCUCGUCCUCGUCCUCAGAGAACCAGGGUCCACCAGAGACCAGAGCCUCAGAGAACCAGGGUCCACCAGAGACCAGAGCCUCAGAGAACCAGGGUCCACCAGAGACCAGAGUCUCAGAGAACCAGGGUCCACCAGAGACCAGAACCUCUGAGAACCAGGAUCCACCAGAGACCAGAGUCUCAGAGAACCAGGGUCCACCAGAGACCAGAGUCUCAGAGAACCAGGGUCCAGAGAACCAGGGUCCACCAGAGACCAGAGUCUCAGAGAACCAGGGUCCACCAGAGACCAGAACCUCUGAGAACCAGGGUCCACCAGAGACCAGAACCUCUGAGAACCAGGAUCCACCAGAGACCAGAACCUCUGAGAACCAGGGUCCACCAGAGACCAGAACCUCUGAGAACCAGGGUCCACCAGAGACCAGAACCUCUGAGAACCAGGAUCCAGGAACCAGUGGGUCUGAGCAGCAGCCCCGCCCCCGCUCCCUCCAGCCUUUGGACCUGUCGUCGGUGUCGUCCAUCGAUCAGCUGACGUGUCUGGGUCUGGAUGUCCUGAAGGGGGAGCUGAUGUCCCGGGGGUUAAAGUGCGGGGGGUCGCUGACGGAGCGCGCCGCCCGCCUCUUCUCCGUUAAAGGACUGAGCCUGGAUCAGAUCGACCCCGCGCUGCUCGCCAGACCUGGCAAGGCCCGGAGGAAGUGAGGAGGUCAAAGGUCAAGAUGACAAUCAGAUGGUUUUUAGUUUGGAUCAGACGGGAAGUUCUGCAGAGAACCAGGAAGUGUCUGAGUUCGUCGCCUGACGAACAUUAAAUAUCAGGUUUUUAUUUUUCUGAGGUUGUUUUUGUUCCUCAUGUGAACUUUUAUUAAAAUGUCUAAAAACUAAA